CGGCCGGAGCCGAGUCAGCAGUAGACGUGCGAGUCCCCGCCCCCGCCGCUGCACAGCGGGGAGCGGCCGCCGCCGGGCCGGUCGCAGGGAGCCACCGUCCGUCGCCGGCCCAACGUCCCCGCCAUGGAGUCCCGCUACAACCUGAAGAGCCCGGCUGUCAAACGUUUAAUGAAGGAAGCAGCCGAAUUGAAGGAUCCUACAGAUCAUUACCAUGCACAGCCCUUGGAGGAUAAUCUUUUUGAAUGGCAUUUUACUGUUAGAGGCCCUCCAGAUUCGGAUUUUGAUGGAGGAAUUUAUCAUGGACGAAUAGUACUACCACCAGAGUAUCCCAUGAAACCCCCAAGCAUCAUUCUGUUAACAGCCAAUGGCAGGUUUGAAGUAGGGAAGAAAAUUUGUUUAAGCAUCUCAGGACAUCAUCCUGAAACGUGGCAACCUUCAUGGAGUAUAAGAACAGCUUUACUAGCCAUUAUUGGUUUUAUGCCAACCAAAGGAGAGGGAGCCAUAGGAUCCCUAGACUACACACCUGAGGAAAGAAGAGCACUUGCCAAGAAGUCACAGGAUUUCUGCUGUGAGAUAUGUGGCUCAGCAAUGAAGAUAAGCCUGUUACCAUUAACAUCAGGAAGUGCUUCAAGCCAGGCUGACGAAGAGGCCAAGGAACUUGCCAGACAAAUUAGCUUCAAGGCUGAAAUCAAUUCAUCCAGAAAGUCUAUCACUGAAUCCCCAAACACAUCGGAAUUGAACCACUCUGCCACCUUACCUGAGCCACGACAGGAUGGUAUAAGUAGAGCAUUCCAGAACCCAACCACCAGUACAAUGUCUGAAACUCAGAAUAACUCCACACCACCUAAUCAAGAGCAUACUCAGCCUAUAUCUAAUAAUACCUCCAUGAGCCCUCGCCAGCGCCGUGCCCAGCAGCAGAGUCAGAGAAGAGUACCAUCUUCAACUAACUUUAAUCAGGUGCAGCAACCAAGAGUCAACACAAGCCACACUGGAUCAACUGUUCUGAUUGUCCUUCUGACUUUAGCAUUGGCAGCUCUUAUAUUCCGACGGGUAUAUCUGGCCAAUGACUAUAUAUUUGAGUUAUAAGAUUGUCUCUGUCUUAAGCAGUGACUUGAAUGCUUCAUUAAAUAUUCUGUAUUGGGUAUGACAUGAGAACUGUUUACAGAAGAUUACUUUUUUAUUUACUCUUUUAAGUCCUUACGAAUGUUAAUAUACCUUUAGGUACAUUGCUUUGUAAGGAUGACAAAUGUUGACAUUUCUAUGAAUACUAACAACUGUUAAUGAUCCAUGAACACUCACGAGAUACUUGGAGAAACAAUUUGGUUGAAUGUGAGCAUAAUAUGUAAAGGGUGGGGGAAAGAAAAUAUCAUUUGUGGCUACCUUAUUUAUUGAUAAAAGGAGGCAAUUAAAAAAGAGAGAGGUUUAACACUUUUUCUCUGUGGAACAUGGGUGCAGAUAUUCACCCAUAUCUGAGUGAGUAUAAAAAUUUACGUUGGAGAAGGACUUUUAAAAAUGAAACGCAGUGUCUAUGCGUUGCGUGUGCUCUUAAUUCAGAGGGGGAUAAUAUUUUGUAACCACUUUUAUUUACAAUAAGACAAUUCUAGAAAAAUGCAUGAAAUGUUGGUUCUGAGACUGUGCUCUCUGUGGGGGGGGAAAAAAGGGGCCAGAAAAUAGUUUGCUUUAUUUUUGUUUUUUGUUUCUAAAUUUUUUUGAAAGUUAGAUUGGAUAAUCUUUUGCAAGAUUUGAAUGUCGUCUUCUAAUACUCUCAAUUGUAUAUCUUGCUUUUUUAAAUUUGAAGAUUAUAUAAAAUGUCUAUUAUUGCGAUAGUUAUAAAUAUGUAAUAUAAUUAUUUACCCAGAGCUAUUGUCUUUUAAUUAUUCCAGAAAUAUACAUAAUGCAUUACAUUGAACGUUUCAUAUGUGCUGUUAUUUCCUAAAAAAAAAAAAAAAAAAAAAAAUCUAAAAAUUUUCAUGCUGAAACACUGCUAGGCAUGUGCAAGCUUGAGGGAAGCUUUCAUGAAACCCUUGGCUCUAAUGAAUUAUCUCAAUUCAAGACUCAUUUGCACAAUUAUUUUUCUUGCGCCUCAUUGCAAUACUUCAAGAAAAUUUAAAAGUUUAUAAAUACCUUUCCAGCAUAUUAAGAUUACAGCAUUCAUGUGUAUAUCACCAUUUAUUCAUUGUAGGUGCUGGCACUUCAGAUGGGGUAGGGUUGCCAAUCCUCCAGGAUUGUCCUGGAGUCUCCAGGAAUUAAAGAUUAAUCUUUAAUUAAAGAUUAUGUCAUGUGAUGAUGCCUCCAGGAAUACAUCCAACCACAGUUGGCAACCCUAGAUAGAAGCCCUCUGGGCUGAUCUUGAAUUCAUUUAGCCAUAAAGAACAAGUUCAAUGGGAUAAUCAUUUCCCCAUUAUCUGACUGUAUUGAUAAUCAAGACAAUCUACCAUUGCUCAUUUAAGACCCAACAGAACUUCAGUAAUUUUCACUUUACUAGUGGCAACUAUGAUAGUUCUCACUAAAGCCAGACUGUCCCACCCUAUUUCUUAGCAAAGAUAAGAAUGCUGUAGUCAGCUCUCAUAUUAACAUUACAAAAUAUUCUACAUGCUAAUGUACUCCGAAGCAUUAUAAAUAAGUGAAAAUUAAUGGAUAAAUUACAUCUUUUAUGUAGUGUCCUGGUGUGUGUGUGUGUGUUUAAUUUAUUCACUUGCUAACUUGCAAAAUUCAGAAAUGGAUUCCCAGUGGUUAUUGUGAAUUAGUGCUGCUCUGCUAUACAUGCAAACAGGAUGUAUAUACAUCAAAGCAUCUUAGUUUAAUUAAACAUUUACAAUAAAAGUAUAUAGCAUAUCUAGAUAGAUCAGCAGUUAUUUAAAUCUUGCAUUGUCUUCAAAUCUGGAAGGAGGACAAUCCGGUUUCCUGUGGUGAAAUGAGUAAAAGUAUUUUUCUGCAAUAAGUAUAUUAGUUUUGGUAGGAAUAUAUUUAAAAUCUAUAGACCCCGUAUUCCUGAAAUAAAAAGUUGUUUUUUCCUAGUUGGUGCAUUGUUUGAAUGCACGUGUUCACAUUUGCAAGCCUGGGCCCAGAUUAUCCUUUCCCUUACGAGAGGGCUCUGAAGAAAAAACCUUCAGUAGGAUGGAUAUCCUUGCAGAGUUUCUUCCUGAUUGUUCCUCUGAGAGAUUUGCUGUCACCUUGCAGAACAGGCCCUGAGGCCCACCUUCAAACCCAGCAAAUUCUCAGGGAUACAUCCAUCAACCAAAUUCUGCUCUUGCCCUUUUGCAGCAGAAACUAAGUAAGGCUGUUGCACAAAGCCCUCUGUACCCAAAGAUAGGGGCAGGUUUGCGCUCUUUUUUUCAUAGAUUCUAAUUCCAGAAGAAACCAUUGAGAUCAUCUGGUCUGACCUGCUAUAUAACACAGGCCAUAGAACUUCCUAAAAUAAUUCCUUGAGCAUAUCUUUUAGAAAAAACAUUCAAGCUUCAUUUAAAAAUUGUCAGUGAUGGAGAUUCCACCACGAUCCUUGGUAAGUUGUUCCAAUAGUUACUUAUUCUUACUGUUUUAUUUCCAGUUGAAUUUCUCAAGCUUCAACUUCCAGACAUUGGCUAGCAUUAGACCUUUCUCUGCUAGUUUGAAGAGCCCAUUGUGAUACUGUAUAAAAGAAAGGUGACCAUGUUUAUGGUAAUGUAUCAUCACUGAUGUAUCACCACUGUUACUUUGUAUAAUAUUUAUCACAAUUGUGUAUGUCGUGUAACAUAUCAUCGGAAAAGUUAUAGUCUAAGUAUGAUUGUCCUGUUUAAAUGCCAAAUGCCAUAUACCAUCACUGUAUAUGAAGUUAUGAAGCUUUGCUCUGUAUUUGUAUCUCAAACCUGUUGUGUUUCUGAGUAAACCCCUCCACGCCCCAAGACAGACUUACACCAAGGCUAGCCAGCCUGCUUGAUGGCCCAUUAAGGACAAUCAGCUCUUCCAGGGACCCCUCCCAAGGUCUCUUCAGGCACAUGUAGGCAAUGAAUGCCUCAUGACUCAGCAAGGAACAUGUGACCCAGGACUCCAUAUUUGUGCCAGUAACUUUCCAUUCACAUGUGCUGUGAGUGUAAAUUGCAGACUGUGACAACAUUCUUUGUCUUCAGUCCUUCUCCAUUUCUCUGGAUUGUGAUUUUUCUAACGAGGGGAGCUUUGAACAAAGGACUGAUGACCCCCAAUCUUUUUGGGUGAUCCAGAGAGACACAUUGCAAGGUAGCAGAAUUACCAUCACUACUAUCAUCCUGACCUCUACAGACUUGGAAAUCAAUUGUAAUGUAUAUGAUUCCUUAAACCAUUUAAUAACUCCCUUCUUUUCUUUUUUUAAAAAUAAAUCUUUAAUUAGUUUACUAAA